UUGCUUCGAGAUACACAGUUUCAUAGUGGCUAUGAAGAAGAUGAUGAGACUGUAUGGUUACCCUGUCAGCUACUGUCAACUAUGCAGAGCCUUCCUUUACAUUCAGAAGACACACAAGUGGAACUUCUUAAGGUUCUACUGAACAUGUGCUGUGUGUCAGGUAUUACCAUCUCAGGCCAAGUGGUGACACAGGUGGUAGGGGUGUGUGGUCUGGCUUAUGGUAGAGGAGGAGGAGCUCUUCGUACUGCUGCACAGUCUGCUGCAUCUCAGGCUAUUGCCCAUCUCAUCAAGCAACUCAAAGAAGAAAGUGAAGAACAAGAAAAAAUCUUAAUUAAUAAAUGCAGAGAGGGAAAGGAGGAAAGCUACGAUGAAAGAACGGAUGAUGAUGAUACAGAAUACAUCGCUCCUGCUUACGAUGAAAUCGUACCUGUUAUAAAUCUGAUUGCUGAUAAGCUGGUUGAAGCUAAUAAGUAAGACAGUAGUAUAUUUAUU